AUGGCAGUGUUUCACGAUGAGGUGGAGAUCAAGGACUUCCAAUAUGUAAAGAACUCAGAGAUGUACUUCUACCCCUGCCCAAGCGGGAAUAAAUUCUGCAUCACCCAGGAUCAGUUUACUUGUAGAGAGACAGUCCCAGCCUCUUCCACCAAUAAUGAACUAGUUAAAUGCUAA